CACUGAUAUUACCAUGACAACAGAGUUUCCAAGAUGGCGUCGUAUUGGAGUGAAAGAAGAAAUCCUCUUUUAUCUUUAGAACAGAUGCUGGCGGAAAAAACCACGCUACGAACACAAAAAGUAACGCAUAGAAAUAUUAUAUGUAAGUUGUGUUGCAUUGAAAUAUGUUGUGUUAUGUAAUUUGUGCGUAUAUAUCAGCUUUAUUAAUAUUAAUCGCCCUAUGCAGUAUGCUGCUAUGCACUGCACAAUUUUAUAUAUAAUUUUGUUGCGCAGUUUCCGAACAAUGAACGUUUCUUACCCUAUUUUUGACCAACGAAGUUUACCAGAAGGUUUUAAACUUUUAUAUAAGUUGAUUGACGUGUUUAUUUAUUUUAUUUCAUUUAAAACAAGUACAUGUACUGUACAUUUGAUCAGUGGCGUAGCCAAGGGGGGGCGACCGCCCCCCAAUCGAAAAAAAAAUUCUCUGAAAAAGGCUAAAUCCGUAGAGAAAUUGGGGGGGGGGGGUGUACACAUUACAUCCUCGAAGCUGAAAUUGAUUAAGUACGUCUCGACUGAGGAAAACGACGAUAUACUGGAGGAACUUGAUUUGUAAAAUCUCGUUAAAGCAGUUGUAGAUAUGGUUCCAAGAAGAAUAGAUUUAGUUUAGAUUUACAUGUAUGCAUUAUCAUAGCAUGAAUAUUCUUCUCAGAGUUAUUCUGUAUCGUAUAAAAAAGCAACGCAAUUUUGAGAAUGCGGAAAUGCUGUCUCAUAGAAAUUAGAAUGAUUUAAAUGCAACAUUUCUGAUCAAAAUCACAUUCAUUUGGGAUUUUCUUCCCCCAGCAUCACAGAGAGGAAAUAAAGUGUCGCUGACCGGCUCCUCCUGUUUUUCAAAGUGACUUUUCCAAUUUAUUUAAUUCCUAGUAGAAAAUUAGAAAUGUCUGGGAAAAUUUAUGUCUUCGAUGUACUUUAUAAUCUUCGGAGUUCUGCAAGAUUUUACCCCAAAAUGCUUGGAAUCGCAUUUUAGGGACUCUAGAUUUCAAAAUUUUCCCAGGGGUGCAUGCCCCUGGACCCCCCUAGAUGGUCUUGCACCUUCGUCGUUCGCUUUGCCCCCUGCAUUUGAUAGCCAAGAUUUGGUAUUUAUAUAUAUAUAAACUAUCUAUAAAUGCCCAGCUUCCAUACUGUAAAGUAUUAUUUUUAUGUGGAGAAUAUUUCUGUGGUGCACAGCAGUUGUGUGGAAAGGAAGAUAGAAUAUUUGAGAGUAGUUGUAUUGUUGGAAUGUCCAUAUUCAUGUUGCCACGCAUAACGUCGAAUCGACGUUAUGGGCAUGGGCGUACCGGAAGGAAAAAAUUAGGGGGGCGGAAAGAAAAUUGCCCGACUUUUCGGGAUUCUGCCCGACUAGUACCAAAAAAUUUUUUCCGGAAAAAUUAUUGUGGCGACCUCCCCCCCCCCGUCGCCAAAAAAAAUUCGGUCAGUGUACCAUUUUAGGGGUCAAAAAAUUUUUCCGGACAACCAAUUUUUUCGGAGCAUAACACAAAUUUUCAAAAAAUCACAAAAUUUGCCAAAAAAUUGACUUCAUUUUAGACAAAAUUGACAGAAUUUGUCCCAUUUUUUUUUAUUGCAAACCAAAAUUGCCCGACUGUUGCUCGAAUAUUGCCCGACUGCCCAAAAAACUGGGGGGGGCUGCCGCCCCGCCCCCCCGUCCGGUACGCCUAUGGUUAUGGGUGGGUGGGUUGUUACGUCAACUCCUCGAUGUUAUCUUGUGGCAAUUUGACUAUUUACAUCUGAACAGACCGAAGUUUAAAUAUUUAAUGUUUGCCGUGCAACUUUUGCCUUGAGUAUUAUAUUAUUUUCAACUAAACAAAGUCGAAGUAUUGAAGCGACGUUUUUUUCGUGUCAAAUACCGGUCAAUUUGUGUUGAACUUCGCGAAUCGCGACAUUUUUCUGCGAUAAAACUUCUCAUAUUUUACAAUAAAGAGCCUGCAUUAAUUGGCGCCAACGAAGGCAAGUACAAUUAUAGUCAAUACUUUUGAAUUGAAGCGCCUCAGCAUUUUAAUGCAUUUCUGAGAUAAAUUGAUUGAUUAUAUACCAUAUUUCAGUUGCCAUUUUGAUUUUGAGCUCUUUUAGCGGUCAAAAUACGACAGGGUAACAAUCGACGUUAUCUGAGGUGGAUGGGUGGGUACUGGUCAUAACGUUACGUCAAUUCGAUGUUAUGCAUGGCAACAUGAAUAUGGACGUGGCCCCUAAGACUUGUGAAAGUGCUUUUUAUAUCAAUUUGAAAUUCUUCACCCUCUGUGCAAAAAUGUCUUCAAAUGCCCCACUGUAACAAGAAAUUAAGCAUUCAAAUGCCCCACCUUCAUAUGAAAAUGAUGAAACAGUAUAAAAUACAAAAAAAAGUACAAAAUAUACGGAAAUGUUUUUUUGGAAAUCUACUUAAAUUAAACAGUUUGGAAACCUUAUGGAAAUUCAACAGUUUUACACAGUUUUAUAUUACAUACCUUCAAAUGAAGCAGAUACUGUAUAGCUUUUCCAUGCCCAUUUCUUUGAGCCAGUUUUUCACAAAAUUGAGCCCUUUUCCCUCAAAAUCUGAGAAAACUGUAUUUGCCGCCAAAGUCUUUUCUGUUUAAUUUAUAGCCUGCAUGCAGGAAGUGCAUGAAAAGAGGCAGAAAAGACUUCCUGUUCAAAUUAAUUCCCCACCCUUAUCAAAUACCCCACCGCAUCGAAGACUUAGAACGUCAAAUUCCCCACUCCCCAAGAGAAGACUUGAAGUCAAAUUCCCGGUAUAUGCCCGGGGAGGGGGGGUUGAAGUUUCAAAUUGAUUUGUACAUUAUAAAAAGCAGAUUUGCAAGACUGUUAUGUUGCAAUAAGCCUCUUUUACAGCAGCCAUGGCUAUAUUCUGCAAAAGUUACAGCAUGUAAAGAAUGUUAGUGUGAGAUUAAUUGACCCAUCUAUAAACAUUAGGCAUACACAAUGCAAUGUGGGAUACAUGUAGGUCAAAUAUUCCAUGUUUGAUAUUGACAUGAUCAGGGCCAUCGUGAAGAGGCAGCCAGGCAGGUCAGAUUUGAUUAGUCAACAAAAUCCUUCAUUUUGCUGACAAGAUGUUUUCGGGGUCACACCCCCAACACAAGCAAAGGCUCUGGAUGUGAUUUAAGGACUUUGUUGGGUAAUUCCAUGUCAAUUCAUCCAGAAACUUUGGAUAUUGACAAGUAAAAAUCCAAUAUUUCAGAUCUCUAUCUUUAAUAGUUUUGGACUUAUGGGCUAUUAUAUUUGCCAGGGGAGAUUUGUUCAUAAAAUACAGGGUUCAUGUGCCCCUUGGAAAUCCUGGAAAACCUUACAUUUAAAUUCUUGUUCUGGAAACCACUUAAUUGACAAGUCCUGGAAUGAGUUAAAAUCCAAACUAGCCCGCGUGCAGGCCCAAGGGAAGAAUAGUGGGCAAGCAAGCAAGGCCAGAUAUUUUGUACUUUCCGCGUUCGCCCACGAACGCGGCAUUCUGAUUGGCUGUUUGCUGUUGGAUUCUAUAAUUAGAUCAGUGAUUCAUCACAAAGGCUCUCGAUAAGCUUAAAAUUCGAAACUUGAUCACUUUUUUCGAUUAAAAAUGGAACAAGAACAGACUGUUUAUUGUUUACUGGAAGGAAGAGAUGUUUUUGCCGUUAUGCCAAUGGGGAUUGCUUGUCGUGAAGUGUUGGAAUAGCAACAUUACGACUGGGGUAAAUUAUAGUAACGUUAACCUUUACUUUAGUCUGCCCCCCCCCCCCCCCCGCAGUGGAAGGAUUAAUCCCGCGGGGGAGCGGGAUGCAGUCUGCGAGCAGACUACCUUUACUUGAGUUUCAUUAAUUUCAAACAGACUUGAUACGUUAUAUGUUCCUCAGGAAAAUUAUCUUUUGGUUGAUGUUGACUCUGUUCUUGCGCUGAAAUGUAAGUCCUAUUCGAAACACUUUGCGAUUUGCAAGGCUUCGUUGAGAGAUCAGAGCGAAACAGAAGGGCGUUGUGAAAACCCGGAAUGCCGGAAUAUGGCGGAAUAUCACGGAAUAUCACGGAAUAUGCCGGAAUAUGGCGGAAUAUCACGGAAUAUGGCGGAAUAUCACGACAUUUUCCCGGAAUAUACUGGAACAUCACGAUAUUUUCCGAUGGUAGCCAUGCUACUGUUUAUAAAUAUGGACGUCUGACAACAUAUUUUAUUACAAAAGUGAUAGAUCUUUCCCCAUUUGAAGAUAAGUAACAAACAAUAACUCUAUACUGGAAGUUUUAUAUUUGUUGUUUAUAUAUCAUUAUUACGAGUGUUCACCAAAAAUUUUGAAUCAAUACGAUUAAUUCCUCCAGAGUUACAGCGUCUUGAAAAAUAAAAGUGCUGACGUCAGCAUUAUUUUCGAACGCCUUCCGAAAUGUGAUAUACACAAAAUUUAAAUGGUUACAAAUUCUUGGUUACGGUUAAGACGGGUUAAGACGGUUAAAAAUGGCCAUUUUUAAUAUACCACCAAGCAUUUGUUCAAAAAUCAAAUGCUAAAAUAAAGGCAAGUUUGAGCCAGGAUGUUUAAAUUCUUGUUUAUACCAGGUAAGAAGUCCCGUCUUAACCGUAACCAAGAAUUUUUAACCAUUUAAAUUUUGUGUAUAUCACAUUUCGGAAGGCGUUCGAAAAUAAUGCUGACGUCAGCACUUUUAUUUUUCAAGACGCUGUAACUCUGGAGGAAUUAAUCGUAUUGAUUCAAAAUUUUUGGUGAACACUCGUAAUAAUGAUAUAAACAACAAAUAUAAAACUUCCUGUAUAGGGUUAUUGUUUGUUACUUACCGUCAAAUGGGGAAAGAUCUAUCACUUUUGUAAUAAAAUAUGUUGUCAGACGUAAACAGUCGCAUGGCUACCAUCGGAAAAUAUCGUGAUGUUCCGGUAUAUUCCGGGAAAAUGUCGUGAUAUUCCGUGAUAUUCCGCCAUAUUCCAUGAUAUUCCGCCAUAUUCCGUGAUAUUCCGCCAUAUUCCGUGAUAUUCCGCCAUAUUCCGGCAUUCCGGGUUUUCACAACGCCCCGAAACAGAAGAUAAUUGCCGUUUGAAACGAAACGAUCUGGACUCUGAACGCUCUCUUCUUUUGUUGAGUUCUUUACCAAAUGAAAUAACUGAAAUAAAUUUCGUACUUUCCGCCGCCAACAAGAAUUGCACACACGAUCUGAUAAGUGAGACAAUUUAUUUAUAAUAGCCUGCGAACAGGCUCUCAAGCUGAAUUGAGAGCCUGCAUCGAUGACUAAUGAAUUUGAAUAUCUGCGUCUCAAAUCGCGACGCGAAAUUCUCAUUGGUCAGAUGCUAUAAUUUAUAUGUUUCCGCUGAGCUCUAUAUAUGUCAACUGCUGAAGCACUAUGCAUAAAAAACACAUUAACUGAUCAAAUUGGUCUUGGCCAUCUUAACUCAAAGCACGAAAUGUUCUAUUUUGAGAAAACAGUAAUAGUAUUUAAAACAUUUGAACUUUUGCUUGAUAUUUUUAAUUUCGAAAAACAGUGUAAACUGUACGGUCUAAAUUUAGUUUGCACGGUCUAAAUUUAGUUUGCACGAAAGUUGUAAACAACACCAUAUAAGGAUAGACAUUCCAUAUUUGGAAAAACGAACGUUACGGGGCAGAUAUUCAAAAUUGUAUAUCAUCAGUGCAGGCUCUCAAUUCAGCUUGAGAGCCUGUUCGCAGGCUAUAUUUAUAACAAUGGCAACAGCGAAGCACACAUUAAUGCUAAUGUGGAGUUUGAGACUGGUUUUCUGUUGAAAUUCGUCCUAAUUUGCCUGUUCCGAUUUUAGUUGAAAAUGAGUACUUGCAAAUUUGGCAAUUACUGACUGCGUUGCUUACUUUUUUGGAGUUAAAACACAGCCAUUUACACAUUGUUUAUGUUAUGAAUAUUAAAGAAGAGAAAACCCCGCAACAUUUUAAUGCGAGUUUGUUUGUUAAUAUUUGGGUUGCUGUCAUUGGUUCUUUUUUGACAAUUCACGCGCGAAUGGGUCGUGUUAUGAAAAGGGGCGUUUUACAAAAUACCGGGCCUUGCUUACAGCCUUACAGGCCCACUAUUCUUCCCUUGGGCCUGCACGCGGGCUAAAUCCAAACUGAAGACCUGAAAAACCCUGGAAAACUAAACUUGUGCAUAUAAGAUAAAAUUAUGUGAACUAAUUGGACAUUCUGUUUUAACAUAAAUUAUUAAAUUGAUUAUAUUAUACAAAACUUUCUUGCACAUAGUAUAUCAGCCUUUUUCAAUUGUGAUUAUUACUUGAUAAUGAUAGCUGCUAUAUUAUACUAAUAGUGAAAUACGUGUUAACGUUGACUUACUUAUUGAUGAAAGGACACUUUUGUCAUACACAUAUUUCAAGUACCCCUGGAAAAUAAUUGGGCCGCACUGGAUAUCAUGUCUGGCUGGAUAGACUGAGAUAAUUUCAAUAUCCAGGAUCCACGGCAGGAUUUUAGAAGUAUCCAGUCGAAUACUGGAUAUUAAUUGUUUUGUAUAUAUAAGGUAGGGAAGUCUAAAGUAUAAUAUUUUUACUUGAAAUGAUUAUACAUAGAGAAGCUAGCAGAGUACUGUCAUACUUGUUUACGAAUACGAAAAAGUGGACAAGGCUUUUGCAAGUGGAGGCUUUCACAACUAGAACUUUUAUAUUAUUUUACAAUUAUACCAGGUAUCGGGACAGAUCUUUUGAAGGAAAUUGAAGCAUUUAUGAAUAGUGAUAAAAAUGAAGCAGUGAAGAAAGCAGUGAGUAAACACUUAUUCCAUUGAUAGUUAACACAGAUAUAACAUCACACAAUUUAAACAACUGUUGUUAAACGUAAAGGAUGUAAACUACAAUAAACUUUAAACAUUGUAGCAGCGCUUGGCUGUUUCAUCUAAUUCUUUCAAAAGCAAAAAGUUAAUUAUCAUAAGUUAAUCUCACUUAUAUCUUAGUUUUAGUUUAACGUGUUUUCUGAGGUGGAUGGGAAGCCUUAACAGGUUUUACAACCCAAUUUGAAUAUACUGUUUAUCACACUCUUGCCCCAAUGGCAUCACUUUCAUGUGGUUAUUUCCUCAUGUUUCAUGCACAAUAGGGUGAAGGAUAGGUUUGGGUUCACGAUCAAUGAGAAACAUGAUAUUUUGCAUGAAACAUGGGGAUAUAAUAAACAGUAAAGUCUAUAUAUUGACGAAAGUCUCUGCAUGAGAGUUACUUAGUUAUGAACUGGGGGUUAAGGUGCGAACUGGAGACAUUUCAAAACCUCAGCUUAUCAAGAAAUUUUCCCCAAAACACCACGAAUACUCUCUAGAUCACGACAGACGUGCUAAGGUGGACAUUUUUUGUUGCAAUUGCGGUGUAACUGUUGUUUGUGUAGAAUUACUGUAUGAGGAAGCUUUGUGAUGAAUUUUAAAAAGUUGAAAUUGUUAGACUAUGAGUGCCAUUUCCAACUAAAUGUGCCAGAAUUUAAGUCGUUCGGCAACUACAAUUACGAUUAGCAUUUAAUCUAUAGCGCAAAAUUACUGUACCUGUGGAUAUGAUCAAAUGCGCUUUACAUCGAGUAUUACGCUUACCUAAUUUUAGCCUAGACUAUUUAUCUUUACAAUAAUUACCUGACAGACUGACUGUACUUUCUUAACUGUGUUUAUCCUAACCCACCCUGUCAACUCUCCCUGUGGGAAGAAACCGGACUACCCGGAGAAAACUCACGACUUUCGGCGGAACUUUAGCUGAUUCUUCACAUGAGCCCUUGCGAGAAUCGAGCCCACUUACACAGACCUAGUAUGCAAGCUACUGAUUACAUCUUUAUUGAACGUCUUGUUUGAAAGUUGUAUGCUAGGCUUUAGUAAGAACAUUCGACCGGAAUUCGAAUAUUUUUUAUUGAAAAGUUAUGAUUCUCACAAUAAUAUUCCCACCAAAAUAUGUACUGAACGUAUCACGCCAUUUCUGUGUUCAUUUUCUCAACCAAUCAUUCCCUCCUUUCUAUCACUAUAGAUAAAGGAGACAGAAAUUAAACUGUUAGAAGAAAGGAAAAAGAUUGUUGAUGAAAUCAUCGAAAAUAUGACACGAGAAAAUAGGGAAGCUUUAGACAAGGCCAAAAAGGUUAAAAAGUUGACUGAGACAUAUAAAGUGGUCGUUUUUAUAAUUGUACUACUAUUAACUUCCCGUCUAAGUUCUCUCAUUGCAUUUUUCUGGUAUAGUCGCAUCCUUAUUACUGAUCCGAAGCUUUUGUAUGUUUAUAUACAGUUGCGUAGCCAACCCGACAAUUUGGCCAUGCUAUGCAAAUAUUUCCGUGUUCGUACACCGUGAAAACAAUCGAUUUCUAAAGAAAUGAAUAAUGAUAAUGAUUUAAUAUUUGCAUAGCAUGACCAAAUUGUCGGACUGGCUACGCCACUGUCUAUAUAUAAGGCCAAAAAUUAUAUUAAUUGCCAUGUGGACAUAAUUGCUAUGAAAGGCAAUUUGUAAACGUCUGUUUUAACUUAGUCAGAUUCAAACUUUUUUACAUUACUAAAGUUUUCCUUACGUUAAACUUUACAACACUCCUAGACAAUAUAUCUGCGACACUUUCAGGGUUUUUUCCCCACUUUUCUACCAUCAUGGCAAAACUAACAAGACCCUCCCCCCACCAUUCAAUGUUGACUGCUUGCCCACAACAUAUUUAAAGUAAUCAUGAUAUGUUCAACAUUGUUUUGGGGGCGGGGGCAUUACAUUAAGAAAUAUCGCAGUAACGGCGAGUAACGUUUACGAGCAGGAUUUAAGCGAGUGUCGACGUCGCAGAUGGUUUUGUCCAGGAUGUUCAACACUUGCUACAAUUUUAGAAUAUAUCGCGUUAUUGACCCAACUUCCUCCUUUUCAACUGCGAAUAACUUCAAAAAAAUGUUUUAGCGCGCAGAGAAAGAAAUAGAGAUCGUGAAAUAUCGUUGUGAAGUCGCUGAGAAGAAGCGAGUCAGGUUGGCGCAGCAGAAAUACGAAAGAGAAAGAGGAGAUGCAUUAAGAGAGGCUGCAGAAGAAGCCAGAAGGUUACAAAAAGAAGCUGUCGAAAUGGCUGAACGUCAGUUGAGAGAACUAAUGUUAGCAGAAGGUGAAGAGAAGAUGAGGAGAGCUGUUGAGAAAACAAAAGAUGAAAUGGAGGUGAGUAUGUUGAUGCAUGGAAAAGUUGAAUGGAUUGAGUAGCAACAUGAUUA